AUAGAAAUUGGAUUCUUUUUUUAAAGAAUAGUACUAAUUUUAUUCCAACAUGGUACGAUUCUUGUUUUAUAUUAUUUAAAUAUUGAACUGUUUUUAUACAUCAACAUCGAUCAGUCUAUUUCGAAUCUGUUCACUGUGAGAAAAUAAUAUUGUGGAAUCAAGAAAGACCAGUGUACUAUAAAUUUAUGAAAUCUGCUAAAAGAACUCAAGACAAGUUAAUAAUACAUCCUCCGCAUAGUCUUAAUCUCCAUUUCUAUUUAGGUUCUCCAAGAAUUUUCUGAGGAAAUGGAAAUCGUAAACCGAGGACCAAGUUGAGAAGAGAACUGGAAGGGUAAAAUUGAUAUAACGCUAAUAUUACUCAAAGUUUAUUUUUUCCAAUUUCCAAUAAUUUAAUUAUAUUGGUAGUCCUCAUUUCAUUUCAAAAUAUCUCAACUUUUGCUUUCGAAUACCUAUAACAAAAUCAUAAAUAUUUCUGAACGGGAUAGACAUUAACACCUUCAUUGCAAGCGCAGAUCCGUGUCUCUUAAUUGCAUUGUAUUUAAUUAAUAUUAUUAUCAAUAUUUAAUUUAUUUCAUUCAUCCACGUCCGCAACGGAUGCGUGAGGUCGUGAAUGUUCGCCAAUGUUCGUGCAUCGCCGACACGUUUGCCGUUCUACAGGCGAUAUAUCGUGUAGGAAUCGAGAGCGUCGGAACACGAAGCGAGAUCAGAGACUGACUUUAGGAAAAUCGAUCGGCGCUCAUCGUCGUCGGGUAAGCGACGCUUCUGUAAAAGCAUUGCGUGUGUCAAUUCGCAACGACGCGGUAACGAGAAAGCAUCCAUUUAGGGGUGCAAGUUCUCCCUAGUCUCUCCCUAGGCUCUCCCUAGGCUGUCCUCCGCCGAGACAGCCCUCCAAAUGUUGAGAGCCGCCUGGUGUUACCGAAACGAUACGAAACGUUCCUUCUUCCAGUCUGUCCUGGAAAAUGUGCGAGUACGGUGCUCGCCAGAUACUGGCGCUACAGUGAUCCAGUGAAAUUUCGCUUGUUCCUCGGUCGUCACACUGUGUGGUGGCCCGUAAAGACGAACGGAUGCUGUCGCAGCUUCACAAGUUAACCCGAGAACAGAGAAAGGGAAGAACGCGUCGAAGACUUCCGUCGUGAAACGGGCUAAUCCAUGAAACUAUUUAGAAUAGAAUUCCGUGGUAUCGCAAGCUGCAGAACCUACACGGUAUCCUUCCUCUCAUACGAUUAUCGCCAUUUGUCGACACACGGAUUAAUCAUACACCGGUGCUUCUCUACACACUAGUGAAAAACGACAAUAAUUUUCCAACACCUUUCUACGUACAUCGAUCUAACACAGCCUGGUAUACCUAAGUCCAGCAUCAAAAUAUUAGAAAAUAGUGAUCUGUCCUCGAUGCACGUUACAAGCGAUAAGUGGUCGGACAUUCGGCUGAAAAAUUCUCGUGGCAACAGAAUUAAUCGGUGAACGGUGUCCUGCGCCCUUAUUCCCGAGGACGAGAAUAGGUGGGAGGAGAUCGUCUACCUCUUUAUACGUGGAAUGAUAAUAAAGAAGAGCGACGGGAUAGGCAGGCACGGGGCGACAUUAUGCAAAGAGUGGAUCUGAAUGUACCCAACUCUCCCCUCAGAGUGUUUCCCCUUGGGAUGGCGAUAGGGGCGCUAGCUGAAAUCGCGAUCAAGCUCAUCAUCAGCGGUUACAUACUCGCCGUGGUCGUCUAUGUGAAUGCCACAGGAAACUGGGAUAAAGAUGAUGAUUUAGUGGCAACUUUUGAAGUCAGUGCCGUUCUUGGACGUAAAGCUAGGUUGCCUUGUGACAUUGAACCGUCCACGCGAGAGGAUCGCGUAUACAUGGUGCUCUGGUUUCGCGACGAUGCGGUGAAACCAAUUUACAGUUUCGACGUGCGAGGAAGAUCAUUCAAUAAGGCUCUGAAUUGGUCGGACAGCACCGUCGUAGGACCAAGAGCUUCUUUCGUCACCGUAACAAGUCCAGCCGCUCUUUCAUUGGAAGCGGUUCAAUUGGACGAUGAAGGAAUCUAUCGGUGCAGGGUUGAUUUCAAAAAUUCGCCCACAAAAAACUUUCAAGUGAACCUCACCGUGAUAGUUCCACCACAUCAGCUCUUAAUUUAUGACAGUUCAGGGGUGGAAGUGGAGAACACAGCAGGACCAUUCCAAGUGGGGGUUGAGUUUGGUCUAUCUUGUGAAGUAAGGGGAGGAAAACCAACGCCAGUGGUGAGUUGGUUGGUGAACGAAAAAGAAAUGGAUAGCAGAUUGGAAGAAAUCGGACGAAAUAUAGUUGUCAGUAAAUUAAUGAUACCUCAAUUGAGAAGGGAACACCGUAACACUACUUAUAAGUGUCGAGCCUCGAAUACAAACCUUAUACCUCCGUUAGAGAAGACUGUUCUCUUAGACGUUUACUUGAAGCCAUUGUCGGUGAAAAUUUUAUCGAAACCAACGAUUCUCGAGACGGAGAAAGACUAUUCCAUCGUUUGUGAAACGAUAGGAUCUCAUCCUCGAGCGCGAAUCACUUGGUUGAAGAAGAACACCGUCUACCACAACGGCAAAAUACUCGACAGUGGUAACGCCUCGGUGGUUUUAAGCACACUCAUCUUUUCACCCAUCCCGGACGACAAUGGAAAGAUCCUCAAGUGCCGAGGAGAGAAUCCAGCACUGCCAGACGCGUAUUUAGAAGACUUCUUUCAAUUAAAUGUAGUAUUUCCACCUAAAGUACAAUUACACUUAGGUAGCACUUUAAACGCUGAAAAGAUCAAAGAAGGGGACGAUGUUUAUUUCGAAUGCAAAGUCCUUGCUAAUCCGGAACACCAUAAAAUUACUUGGAGGCACAACGAUGCGGUAUUGACGCAAAAUUAUUCAGCUGGAAUAAUCAUGAGUACUCAGAGCCUCGUGCUACAAAAGAUAGGUCGUGACAAUGCAGGAAAUUACACGUGUCUUGCGAGCAACGAUCGUGGUGAGACCACGAGUCCAGUGGUAACAUUACGUGUACAGUUUGCGCCGGUUUGCAAGGCGAAAGAUGUAUCGGUAAUCGGAGCAUCACUGGAGGAAUCAGUGAAGGUACGCUGCGAGGUCGACGCUGAUCCCAACGAAGUGGAAUUCGUCUGGGAAUUCAACAACAGCGGGGAGAAUUUCGAGGUUGCACCAGUGAAGUUUGAUGGUAACAAUGGGACAAUGAGCGAGCUCGUUUAUACACCAGUGUCUGAAAGAGACUACGGAGCUCUGACGUGUUGGGGUAGGAACAUAAUAGGGAAACAGGAAACACCCUGCAUUUAUCAAAUCAUUCCUGCAGUAAAACCAAAUCCUUUGAAUAAUUGUACGAUAAAGGCAUCACUGAAUCAAAGUUCCGAGAUACUAGAAGUGGAAUGCGUGCCAGGAUACGAUGGUGGAUUGAAACAAGAGUUCCGAUUAGAGGCCUACGAGGUCCGCACUGGUAAUCUAAGGGUAAACGCGUCGAGUGUUUCCGCGGAUUUACCCAUAUUUCGUAUAGCAGUGGCGGAUCUUCUUCCUGCCACGCAUUUUUACCUCGUUACGUACGCGGUGAAUGCAAAGGGAAAGAGCGAAGUAAGUUUGUUAGAGGAUAUAAUGUUAAGAGACUCCGAGAAGCAUACAGACAGCGGAGUAAGCAUGGUUCCACUUAUUUUACUUCUUAUCGGUUGCUUAAUGGCAUUUGGCGUCACAAUACUCUCAGUAAUGUUAAUGAUGUAUCGACGUAGAGGCUCGACAUCUCCGGUUCAUAUCGAGCCGUACAUGAAGCAACCAAUAAUUACUCCUCCGGAUUCAAGAAACAAUUCAAUGCUCGACGUUACACACGGAGAUCAUACUUAUUUCGUCGAGUACACGUUGAAACAAGUGACCGAUUAUGCGCUCAACAAUCAACCAGAUAUCAUACAGUCACCACAAGACCAAGAAAAAAUCAAACGGGAACCACAAUUAUUUUUACCCGUACGACCAGAUACACUGUUCGCACCAUACGACAUUCAUAAGCAAGGACUUCAAAGUAAUAGAUGCAGCUUGAAUCCAUUUUCCACAAAGUCUUGGGAACCUAUUAGUUUCAAGGCUGAUCGUAAUUUAAUGAAGGAAAUCAUCAUUGCCAACUCCAUACCUGGUCCAGAAAGUUGUGUGUAAAGAAACCAAAAUAAUUUGAACGAAUGGAACGAGUAAACAUAUCAAGAAGAGCGAUCUCAAAGCCUAAAUAAUCGUAUGAUUAAUUGUAAUUGGCAUCGAGAUUGAAACAUCAAACUGCAACUGGUCUCUUCAACGAGUUGGUGUAUAUUGCACAAAAAAAAAAAUUAACAAACUGGCAUAGUGCGAGCAUUGCGACGUAUUAUGCACCGCUUAAAGGUCAAAUGUCUCAUUGAAAACCUAUGGAAGUCUAAAAAAAAGAAUCUAGGAAUCGUCAAGACUAGUUGCAUACUAACUAAACGCUACACAUGGUGUAUUAUUCAAGUUUAAUAUAUUUUGUGUCAAGUCUUAGAAGGUUUUUCCUUAUUAAGCCAUCAAUUUAACCCAUACAAAUACCACAUUUAUUUUCAUCGUUAUAUCUAUUGAUCUUUGUAAAUAUUAAGAAGAGCUCAAUUUAAAAUAAUUUAUGUUUGGCAUGAGUGUACCGAAGAGAGGUAAUGCAAGAUUUUCCAUUAUUGCAUAGAUAUCCCCGGAAAUAAAUACUGCAUAUCAGCCAUAUCAAUAAGAUCAAUCCAGCAAUCAAUACUAUCAUGCAAAUUCUUCGACGAAUCUUUUUUAACCUGCCUACAAGCCAUGCUUGACAAAUUGGAUAUUCAUGGAUAUUUGUUCCUUCUUUCACAUUCAUGUCUUCGUUCUUGACGUUGGAAAUAUUUUGAUAUUCCAACUGGAAACUUCUCUGCAAUUUGUUCAACAAGUUCAUACUUGUUCCCUUUCAAUACAUGAACACAAAAUUCUGAAUUAUACAGAAACUUUUAAUUAGGAUAUUGUUACUUGAGCAUUGUGAAAAUUAUAGAUUUGUCGUCGAACUAAUUGAAUUAUUUUACACUUCUCGUGUUUCAGAUUCUUGAUGAAUUCAUUGUUGUCGGUAACAUAAUGACACUGUUCAUAGAUUUUCGUAUCCGCGUACGAUUUCGGACACGUAUUUCCAUCACAUAUCAUUUUUCUUCUUAUACACUAUAACCAUAACAAGAAGUAUAUUUGUUAUUGCAGCAUUUACAAAUGAAACUCUGAAAAAAAAGUUGAAAUGUUGAUGGAUUUUGACAUUUAAAAAGUUCUUUUAUUAUGAUGAAAAUUUAAGGUGUAACAAGUACAUUUUUAUUAAAUUUAUAAAAGAAAAAGAAUAUGAUACGUCUCGUACAACCUGUUGCACGGAUUAAUAAGAAAGUUUGUAACAAAAUAUAUUUAAAUUUUAUUCAAUAAUUGUAAAAGUAUGGUAUGACUUCAUAGAUUGUAUUCAACGCUAUUUCAACGUGUUCUCGUUUAACUCGAGUACAAAAACAUCAAGAUCCUCCCUGUUCUCCAGCAGCUAAGAAAAAAAUAAUAAAGUGUCCUGAUGAUAGUUCUUGUGGUAAAAAAAAAACGUUCAAACAUAUUGGAAAGAAAAAACUUCCAAAAGUCAAAAGAAAUAUUCAAGAAGAAUUCGAUAAUCCUGACUGUCCAUGGUGCAAGAAAUAAUGAAACGAAAAAUAUUUGACCUAUUUUUUAAUUUUAUACCAGUUAAGUAUUUUGCCAUAACAUACUCAUUCACAUAUUAUUUCAUCACAAUUUUUGUAUAAUAAAAGAAUAUAAAAAUAAAAAUAAUGAAAAUGCUGUGGAAAAUUUUAAAUAUCAUAAAAAAAUAUGUACACUUACAAAAUUCAUUGCUAGAACGUUAUUAAUCUUACGUUAUCAUUAAUACAUUAUUAAUUAAUUUUUGGCUUCUUUUCUGGUGGUGGUUUCAUGUCUUUCUUUUCAGUUUUAAUUUCUUGUUUAAUUUCCAUGGCUAGAAAUCAAUAAACAAUUAUUACAUUUAUGCCCACAAUAAGCUUAACAAAUUUAAUGAAUACUUACAUGAUUCUAUAGCUUGAUGCACCGGUUUUGGAACAGGUAAUGGAAACUUGCGUGUGAGUUCUGCAAGUAACAUGUUUACUCUUUGGCGUUGGAAUAAAGAACUUGGUUCCUCACGAACGGGUGUUUCUUUCUUUGCUGCCAUAGCUUUGCCAUUUUUGAAAUCCCAAUAAUAACCCUUACUGGGAUGGUAUCUUGAACAUGAACUAGCUUCUUCAAAAGCGGAUUAUUUAUUUCAUAAGCAGUACAUACCAAUCUAGAGCUGACAACAGAUGCCAAGUCAGGAGCUUGAUACACAACACCAGCAAUAAUGUAAUAAUCUGCAAGCGGUGUUGCUAAAGUAGAAGAAUGACGAUGUUGCUUUCUAAUUACAUAUAAAAUUGGUUCUUGUACAUGUAAAAGAAUAUAUUCAAGACCAGUCAUAUUUCUGAAAUGAAUUAACUAUUCAUAUUUUUAUUCUAUAAGGUUCUAUCAUAAAAAGGAUUACUCCUUUCCGAAAAAUAAUCCAUUAUAUUGUUUGGAUUUAACACAGGAAUCCAUGCACUGUCAUGCCAGGAAAGUCCCAAAGGAUUCUCUGUUAAUUGCACCAAAAUAAAACAGAGGUUAUAUAAAAUAAAAACGAUUAUUAUAUUAAUAAUGUUUAACGCUUAUAAUUUCAAUAUUUCUUUAAUCACCUGUUACGGGAGGUCUUCCUGACAACAUCUUUAUUCAAUAAAAUAGCGGACGCAAUAAUGUGUUAACAUGGAGAGGACAUUAUUUAGAAACAUCAUUGAACAUCACUGUUGAAAUAAAGAAUGCAGGACAUUGUUCACAUAUAGAACAGAGGCUAUUAAGAAAAAUGGGUCAAAUGCAAAAAAAGACGUUCGAGUUCGAAAGAGAAUAGGUCACGGCCAUGUUACAAUAAAACACUUCGUGCUGCAUAAACUCGGUGUUUGUUGAAAUAAUAUCGCUCAAAAUGCUUAGAAGAAAAGAAUUUAAGAAGUCUGCCAGAACGAAAGGAUAUAUUUAAUAUCUCUGGGUGUUGGUGAAAAUUUUACAUAAUAGUGGGGAUAUGCCCAGGAGAAUCAUUCUUAGCUCAAGAUGAUUCUAAUCUGAAAGCUAUUUCCGCACGACGUGAUACAUGCAGGUGAAGCACAGUGACCCUUAAACUUGGUGUCAAGUUCCCUUUAUUCACCUAUAAAAAUACG